CAAAAUCUCAUUUGUCUCUCUUCUUCAGUUCUUCUUCUUCCUCUUGCUCUUCUUCUUCUUGUAUCUGUAAAUAUAUAGAGAAAAUAAAGAAGAAAAGAUUUGGGCAUUGACAAUAAUGGAUUACGAGAGGAUAGAGAAGAAGAGCAUAAUCUCGCCAACGAAGCUGCGGAUGAAGCUAAUGGGUCCUCACAAUAACAAGAAGAAAGAAGGAUCCAAGUCUAACAGUAACUCUUCAAGAACUUCUCCUUCUCGUCUUCAGAUUUCAGAUGACACCGAGUUCUCCAAGAACAGCUUGUUAGCUUCUCAUACUUAUUCUGACGACGACGACAAUAAUGUGGCGGUUACAACUACGGAUGUCGAAGUAGCUAAACUUCCAAAUGAGCCAGUUCUGGAUCUAACCGAGAACGACAAUCAAACCUCGAGACAUGAUGGUGUUGUGAAGGAAAACGAUCAACCAAGACUGCAGCAAUAUAGAAAAGGGGACUUGAGUAUGGCUUCUCACAUGAUGAGACCUCAAGAAGAUGAGAACCUUGAUUAUGACAGUAACGCUAGCUCUUCAAGCUUCGAGUUUCACCGAGCUCGUGGCGAGCGUUCGAAUCAGAAUCAUGGGUCAAGAGCUUACCCUUCGAGACAAAUGCCAUCCAAAUGGAAUGAUGCUGAGAAGUGGAUAAUGAGCAGACAGAACAUGGUGAUGAGGAAGAACGGUCAAGGGAACCGGGUGCCCGUUAGAGUUGUGCCUGAUAAUGCAGGUUACGAGCAUAACAAAUCUAGGAUGGAUUCGUGCCACUAUGGAGGAAACUCGUUGAUCGAUCAAUCUGCACAAAGCAAUGAUCUUGUGGAUACAACAAAGGUUUCAUCACAUGAUAACACAAUAGGUAAAAAGAAAGGUGGUCCUGCGAUUCGUUCUGUAUGUAUGAGAGAUAUGGGAACUGAUAUGACACCAAUACCGAGUCAAGAACCUUCAAGAUCUGUCACACCAGUUGAUGCAACAACUCCUCUUCGAAGCCCGACCUCAUCUCUCCCUUCGACUCCUAGAGGUGGCCAACAGCAGGACUCUUCUUUGUCGCAAGACCAGUCGAAAAACACAAGAAGAGAACUAUCUGAGGAGGAAGAGAAAGCGAAGACGAGGAGAGAGAUUGUAGCUCUUGGAGUUCAGCUAGGGAAGAUGAACAUUGCGGCUUGGGCAAGUAAAGAAGAAGAGGAGAACAAUAAAAAAAAUGAAGAUGCAGAGGAGGCACAGAAGAUUGAGUUUGAAAAACGAGCUACUGCAUGGGAAGAAGCAGAGAAAUCCAAACAUAAUGCAAGGUAUAAGCGUGAGGAAAUCAGAAUCCAAGCUUGGGAAAGUCAAGAGAAAGCCAAACUCGAAGCAGAAAUGCGACGUAUUGAGGCUAAAGUUGAGCAGAUGAAAGCUGAAGCUGAAGCAAAGAUAGUGAAAAAAAUUGCGAUGGCUAAGCAAAGGUCAGAAGAGAAACGGGCUUUGGCGGAAGCUAGAAAAUUCCGUGACGCUGAAAAGGCAGUAGCUGAAGCCCAAUAUAUCCGGGAAGCUGGUCGAAUACCGGCUUCUGGUUACAAGAUAUGUUGUGGUUGGUUCUCAUGAGGCACUAGAUUGAGUUUUUGGGCUUUGAGUAAACCAAGAUUGGACUCUCAGAUCCCCUUUUGUGUAAUAUAUAAAUGGAAUGCAUUUUUAUGUUGCAUAGAUUCAAAAGAGAAUGCCAAAGAUUGUGCCUUAGGUUAGGGAUUCCUAUUGCCUUCAGGAACAAGUUAACAAUCCAAGAAUUGAAAAAACAAAUUGCUAGA